UCUCUUCUCUAUUUUUACAGGUACGUUGAAUGGUGACACUAUGGUGACAUAAUGGUGACACUCUGGUGACAUGUUCGUAGUUGAUCAUGAUCGUGGUGGUGUGUGAGUCUACGAGAGUUGGACCAGUCUCCAACACAAUGGUGGUGUCGGACAGUACUGAGUGCGAGGGACGGGGGAGCUGACGGCCCCUGGAGGCUGUAGAAGGAGCAGCAGCAGGAGAAGCAGCAGCAGCAGUAGCAGUAGCAGCAGAGAACGAGAGAGGAGCCAUGGAGUCCAUCCGUGUAGUAACUCCCCACAAACUUUCACGUCUAGUUAAAAGUGACAAGGCACUGAUUAUAGACAGUCGGACGUUUUGUGAGUUCAACACAUCACACAUCCUUAAUUCUAUCAAUGUCUGGUCCUCUAAGAUUAGGAAGAAACGACUCCAACAAGAUUCUAUCUCAGUGCACGACUACCUACAGCAGGCGUGCCAGGUGUGUGAACUACACGAGGGACUCCACAUUAUUGUCAUGUAUGAACCAAAUGCUGCCACCGCUUCCUCCUCCCCAAUACCCAGUAUUUCCUUCAUACACGUCCUUCUUAAAAACUGUGACGUGCCUUUUCCCUGUGUCUACCUGCUGGCUUCAUCAUUUGUACAGUUGUAUUUAAUAUUAAUAUAA